GAGAGUCAGCUCCACUUGGAAAGGAAGCAUCCAUUCCUACACCACAGGGGCUGACGGGUUAGCCAGUCCAGAGAAACCAACGUUCUCGAUUCCUCUCCCCCCGUUUUUUCUUUUGAUUAGACUAAUCCUGAAAAGGAGGGGGGCACGGGGGAGUAAUCUGGCAGCCAGCUGAUCUCUGCUUUGGUAUUCUGCGCUCUGAGAGCCGAGGAAGAAGGAAGCAGAACUCUUGUCCUGUCUCAGAUAGAGGAAGCUGAGAGAGAACUCGACUCGUGAGAGGUUUCCGCACACAGCAGGAAGCUCUGAGGCUUUUGCGAAGAAAACAUGAAGCUCGGCUUUGAGACCACGUGAAGCACUGCCUCUGAGAAAAACAUCUGCGAGAGAGGAGGAGAGAAAUAGGGAAGAGUGACUCACUUGUUUGGAUUCGGACAGAAGGUGUUCCUGAGCGAAAGGUCCGAGAUGUCUUGGCUGUCACCCGUACAGUGGGCCAAAUGGACCUGGUCAGCCGUUAGAGGAGGAGGGGAGGACGACGGUGAGACGGAUUCAGGGAUGGACGACGAGCCCCUCAUGGAAGAGGCGCAAGAAGCUCUGACAGGAGAUCAGGAGGACGAAAGGUCUAAUGGCUGCAGUUCGGAUUCAGAGGGUCAGUUUGAGACGCCUGAGGCUGAGACGCCCGUCCAUCAACUACUUAAAGAACCACCACCACUGGAUCAACCAAUCACAGAGACAGAAAAUUAUUUAAGUCAGUUGACCUCCAUCACCCGGAACCUGACCCUGGUCGAGAGCUUUCCUGAGGAUGCACAUGCCCCGGUUGCGUUCCAAACCAGUGUGGACCCCAGCCCGACACUAAAAUUGAAGAACCAGACUUCCCCUCCCGUCAUGGAUGCAGACCAGCCCGAUCCGUCAGAAACAGGACAGACAGAUGACACGGAGCCCAUCUGCAAUGGUCACAUCAAAGAAGCUUCCUCCAAACCACAGACUAAGUCCCUCAAGGCGAGACCUCCUUCACUCAAGGUGAAGGCCCCUCUUAAUACUGUAGAUCCCAAUGAGGUAGACGACGAGCCGCCGAUACUUCCAAAGGAAAGUUAUAACUUCGAUCCCAAUCAGUUCACAGACACAGUCAAUCCAUUCGCCUCUGGAGGUUUUGAAUUGCAGAACUCCCCCCCUGCCAACGGCAGUAUUCCCAAAUCUGAGUUUACAGACGAAAUAUCCGCACAACCGGUUAAAAUGGAGUUACGACUUGAUGAUGGGGAAGCCAAGAAGCCCUCACCCAAGAAGCUUGGAAAGAAGACAAGCAGCAAGCUGACUGCACCGAAAAAGCAGCGACCAAAAGCUUCAGAGACAUCAUCAAAACAAAACCAGCCACUAUCUGAAAGCACGGCCACUCAGAACGUUGAUGAUAUUCCUAUUCCUAAAAAAUCCUACAACUUUGAUCCAGAUAAGUGGGAUGAUCCUAACUUUGAUCCUUUUGGAGGGGGCAAUAAAAUGAGCAAUCCGCCCACGCUCCCUGAGGAAUCGUAUCAUUUUGACCCUGAUAACUUUGAUGACUCUGUUGAUCCUUUCAAGCCAUCGAAGAAUUUAGGGGGCAAUGACACGACUAAACCUGCGACUGAGACGAAAGCAGACAAAUGCAAACCAGAAGGCACACCGGAGCAGAGGAAGAAAGUAGGACAGUCUAUAAAGAAAAACAAAGACAGGAUCAUCACGACCACUGAGCAAGUGCAGUUUCUCUGUGUUUUAUUGAACCCAUGUAAAGUAAAGACAUAUGAGAACGAGACACAAGUCCUGGAUGUCUGCCAUCAGGAGAAAGACGUACAGGAUGAUCCUGCAGCUGAGCUGCCCCACCGUGUUCAGCAUGCCACCGAUGAGGAGAAGUUAGCAUCCACUGUCAUGGGCCAGAAGGACGAUGUGGAGGACUUUUUAGAGUGCAUCAAAACAACCAAAUGUAGCAAGUCAGUGGAUCUGCCGGUUGGUAUAACAGACCAGUUUGAUGAGAAGGACCUCUCCUCUCCGAGUGAGGAGCUGUGUAAGAGUCGUCCUGUAAGUUCUUCAGACAGUGAUGUUGUAAAGAAGAGUCCAGGGCUGGAUUCAUUUCCUCUCAGUGAGAUGGACAAGGCAGCAGUGCUCACACUGAUCAGAGAAGAGAUAAUCACCAAAGAAAUCGAAGCCAAUGAGUGGAAAAGGAAAUGUGAGGAAAGCAAACUUGAGGUCAUUGAAAUGAGGAAAAUAGUGGACGAGUAUGAGAAGACAGUAGCUCAGAUGAUAGCGGAAGAUGAGCAACGUAAGAACAUUGGACAUCAGAAGAGCGUCCAGCAGUUAACCCUGGAGAGGGAUCAAGCCCUGGCCGACCUCAACUCUGUGGAGCGCUCGCUGUCCGACCUGUUCAGACGCUACGAAAAUAUGAAGACUGUCCUUGAGGGCUUUAAGAAGAAUGAAGAAGUGCUGAAGAAAUGCGCUCAGGAAUACCUCACACGCGUGAGGCAGGAGGAACAGCGCUAUCAGACGCUCAAAAUACACGCUGAGGAGAAACUCGAUAAAGCGAAUGAAGAGAUCACUCAGGUGCGGGCCAAGGCCACUGUGGAGAGCGUGGCACUGAACGCCAGCCUGAGAAAAGAGCAGAUGAAGGCGGAGUCACUGGAGCGGGCACUCGAACAGAAGAAUCAGGAGAUUGAAGAACUCUCCAAGAUUUGCGAUGAGCUCAUAGCUAAGUUGGGCACAACAGACUGAGAGGAUGUACUUAUAUUUUCCCCAUAUGCCUUGUCUGACCCAAACCCACUCUGGAAGAACUGCUUUCUUCAUUUUUUGAGUCAUUUUUCCAUGGGUCUGGCUCAGCGACUGGAAGAAAAAACAAGAUAUGAGCUGAGGAAUCAAAUAAAACGGUCCAAACGUAUUUUUACGGAUUCAAAAGUACUGAUGUCGGACUUUUUCCAUAUUGCCAUAGUCCACUUUCGGGGGUUUAAAAUAUUUGAAUGGCAUGAGAGACAAACCACCCACAUAUCUGAUUCUGAUGACUGCUGUCAUUUCUGUGCAGAUGUGUGUAUAUUGAAUAUUGGGCUGUCAGGUGUCCAUGUAAAGAAAGCGAAGUUUUUACUGUGGGAAAGAGGGUCAAUGGUCUUGUUUAUAGUUUACAUGAUCGCAGUGCUGCUACUUGUUACAGAGGGAGCAAAUCAUAUUAUUUGCAACUUUUAAUUAUAGAUACAGCGUUUUGUUACAUUACUUGCCUUGAUUAUAAAUAGUACUGUAACCUGAAUAACUGUUUCAUUUUUUUAGAGAUCAUAAUGCAGUUUUGAGAAAGACAUUUUAGCAUAUUCAAAACUUCUAUGCCGAGCAUGCUUUCUCUUCACUGUCUGUUUGGGUUCCAUUAUCAUAUGAUAUAAAGAAUUCAUUUGGUUGCCUUUUCCCAAGUCAUGAGGUCACAAUUAUUCUAUCAAAAGCCACCUUAAUAAAAUACAGCACAAAUGUCAAAACUAAGAGCACUUAAACUCCCUUUUAUGAAAUAUUACAUAUUACUCAAUUUGCUGAUAGUCGAUUGCAGGGAACCUGUCAGGGAUCUUUGGAUGCUGAAAAACUUCCAGAAUGGACCGAAAUGAAGAUGAGAGUUGACAAUCUUUUGCCAAACUUCCUGUGCCUAAUGCUAAAGUGAUGUGUGUCCUUUACAUUUUUUACCCACAAUUCCUGCUUUCUUAUGCAAUAUUUUUCUCCCAAAUGAAACCGCUGUCCGUGUGCCAAACCUCAAAUUUAAAAUGGUGAAUUGUCACGCUAUUGUGUAAGGAGCUUUUUGAUGUUCAUGACAUUACUCACUGAAAUUUGACCUGUGUAUAGUUUUAUGAUGAUAAGGUUGUUCUUUUAUUGUGUUAGUGUUGUUUGUAAAGUGGAAGAGAGAGUGUUGCACAGAAAUGCCAUUGACUAAUAUAUUUUGUGCAAUAAUGCAUUCCCUAAAUAAAAGUAAUGAUUAGCUUGAUGUGUUAUUACAUUAUACUUUAUAGUUUUAAUUAAAGUACACGUUUUGCUUAAUAUGUUUCUUUAUGUAUCUACCGUUUCACUAAAGGAAUAUCUCGCAUAUUGUCAGGGUGUUCCAUAGCUAAUCCUUUAAAUGGGAAAUCUGGCGACACUGGUAUUAAUAGGGAUUUUCCUUGUGUUGAAGACAGACAGUUUACAAAACUCAACUAUAACAACAUUUCGAAUUAAUAAAUGUUCGAAUCAAGAUGCACAAAGAUAAUAAUUAGUCAAAUGUUGAUAUGUGUUGAUUAAUGUGGAUCUGUGUUUAUUACACAGAUCUGUUGCAUGUGUUAAAAUGAUGUAAUGCUUGGGUGAUGGGUGCACACACUGUGGGAUUAUAGAGAGGUGCUCAAGAGUUUUAGAUUAGACCUCCACAUUGUCCCGAGGCUUCUCUCCUACAGUCUCCAACAUGAAGACUGUCCUCGCUGUGCUGAUUCUGUUUGCUGCUGUGCUACACAAUGUGUUGUCUUGUCCGGUGUGUGAAGGUGAGGGGUUGAAGUGUUACACCUGUGUGGCUCAUAACCAGGAGGAGUGUCACCGGCAGGGCUCUACUGUAUGUCCUGCGAACGCAGAUGCCUGCUCCACAAUCACGGGCGCACACACAGUUUUGAAGUCAUGCACUUACAAGUCCUUCUGUGACAAGUCGCACAUGAGCAGUGGAGAGCUGGAAUGCUGCUUCAGUGAUGACUGUAACGGGCCCCAUCGCUCACACAGUCACGGAGACCAUAACGCUGCCAUGGCCCUGAGCUCCAGCCCUGUCCCGCUGCUGGGGGUCCUGCUGGUUAGAGUAGCUCUCAGUUCACUGUAAUUCACUCUCACAUCUAUAGUGAUGUACAUUAUGAAUAAUCAUCAUGUGAUGGAUUUAACUUGUAACUCAUAACUCAUAGAUGAGCUUUUAUCUAUGGCCUAUGGCCUAUUUAUCUGUGUGCAUGACUAAUGUAUGUUCAAAUUAAAAUAUCAACAUAUUAUAAGAUUGCAUAGACUAUUAUAUUUUAUUCGGGUAAUGCGCAUAUGUAUCUGCAUACUUAUCAAUAAAGUACUGUAAUAACUGA